AUGCGAUUACCACGCAGGGUUCCAUGGGCUUCCAUCGCUGAACUGGACCAGGUUUGCGCUUGGAUAUAUACUGACGAAACGGACAUCGACGCCAAAAACAGAGCAAUAAAUAGGUUAUCUGCCUGGAAAAGCAUCACUGCCCUUCCACAUGCACUUGACGCCACUCUUGCUCUUUUGUCCGUCCUGGUUCAAGACUCGCAGCCUCUUCCGUCCUAUCUAUCGCUCCGACACAGUUAUGCGGCCGCGUUAAUUCGUUUGGUGAACGGCUUGGUGGACCCUUUACAGCGAGGAUUGUAUGCCCGUUCAAUUGCAUCCAUCGCUACUCAGCUGGGACUCCCGGCCUGGCUUGUCGAGCUUCGUCAUGCCGCGACCCACGAAGAUCUCCCCAGCCUCGAAUUGUUGCGGCAGGCGGCACGGGAGUCGAUGGUUUGGCUCCUGCAUAACUACUUCCUUCCCACUAUCAAUCCUUCUGCCGCUCCCGCACCCAAGACACCUGAACUACGACCUCUAGCGCCGCUGUUGAAAGAGUACAAAUCUUUGAGCAAGCUCGUUUCGAGGGAUGCUACACUCAAGACACAGCAACAACAAAUCAAAACCGUGCUGAGAGAUGUCGAAAGAUGGAUAGCAGAGGCAACAGUAGCCGCAAACGUCGCUGGCGGCAAUCUUGGCUGGAGUGACGACACUUUCAAAGAGCACUGGGCUCUCGAUCGACUUUCUGAAGCACUCUUGGACAAAUCUGGUCUCGUCCCACUAUCAAAAAAAAAACGAACUUUUCCAAAAGACGAAUUCAAGCCUCCACCAUAUGCUGUCACUGUCUGGAGCGGACUCUUGCGCGAAGUUGCAGCAACACAUCCAGACCUGCAGUUCAGACUGACUAACCGCAUCAUCACGCAUCUGACUUGCCCCCUUCCCGAGGAAGACAUCGUCGCCAUCGCAGUAGACACGACCUACGACGAAUGUUUGGCGCGUUGGGCCUUUUGGAUUCUAGAAAAUCUCCCACCACCCAGCCGAGACGCGAAAAAAGACGCCUUGGUUGCGCUCAUCACCGGAUUAGGACCUGCAACGGGAUUCAACCAGAAUGCGACUGCCGCCAGGUCAUUGAUGAACGCCUUGUGUGCUGGAGAUGUUGAGCUGGAGCAUACCCAAGCAUUAUUUAUGCAGCUUUCCAUCGGAGGCAAAGCAGAAUGGUCCCCUGAUGAUAUCGUGGUGAUGCAAGACCGACUCGAAGCAAUUUUGGGUACAUCAGAUGUAGACAUUUCAACAGAUACAACGCAGUCUACCGAAAGCAAUGCUUUCCUCACCGUGCAGACCGCUCCUGGUUGGCAACUCCUCGGCACCGACUCAAAUUGGAAACCUUGUCCUAUUGGAGUUUAUGCUCGUUAA